UUCCAUGUCCUUAUGGCCAUUUUUCUCUCCUGCUCCUUUCAGAUAUGGAAUGUGCCGAUGUGCCUUUAUUAACUCCCAGCAGCAAAGAAAUGAUGUCUCAGGCAUUGAAAGCCACCUUCAGCGGCUUCGCGAAAGAGCAGCAGCGGCUGGGAAUCCCCAAAGAUCCCCAGCAGUGGACGGAGACGCACGUGCGGGACUGGGUGAUGUGGGCGGUGAACGAGUUUAGCCUGAAGGGAGUGGAUUUCCAGAAGUUCUGCAUGAACGGAGCUGCCCUCUGUGCUCUGGGCAAGGAGUGCUUCCUGGAGCUAGCGCCUGAUUUUGUGGGAGAUAUCCUUUGGGAACAUCUGGAGAUCUUGCAGAAAGAAGAGGUAAAACCGUACCCAGCAAAUGGAGUGAAUACAACAUAUCCAGAAUCCCGCUAUACUUCAGACUACUUCAUUAGUUACGGCAUCGAGCAUGCACAGUGCGUGCCUCCCUCUGCCUUCAUCCUGCGUGACCCAGUCCAGACGGACUCCCUGCAGACAGACUACUUCACGAUCAAGCAAGAAGUAGUAACGCCAGAUAACAUGUGCAUGGGACGUGCCAGUCGAGGUAAACUGGGUGGCCAGGACUCCUUCGAGAGCAUAGAGAGCUACGACAGCUGCGACCGGCUGACGCAGUCCUGGAGCAGCCAGUCCUCCUUCCAGAGCCUGCAGCGCGUCCCCUCCUACGACAGCCUCGACCCGGGGGCGACGGAGCAAAGAGUCAAGGUCGGGAAGAGGGAGUCUGCCGGAGUUCAUGUGGUGGCCAGGAGCUUUUUUGGCACGGAGGAAACGAUGGUGCUCUUGUGCCAAGACAAUGACUCCUCGCUUGGACCCAUCCAACUGUGGCAAAAAAAAAAAUUCCUGCUGGAACUGCUCACUGACAAGUCCUGUCAGUCCUUCAUCAGCUGGACGGGCGAUGGCUGGGAAUUCAAGCUUUCCGACCCAGACGAGGUGGCCAGGCGAUGGGGCAAGAGGAAAAACAAACCCAAGAUGAACUACGAGAAGCUGAGCCGCGGCUUGCGCUACUACUACGACAAGAACAUCAUCCACAAGACGGCCGGGAAACGCUACGUCUACCGUUUCGUCUGCGACCUGCAGAGCCUGUUGGGCUACACGCCCGAGGAGCUCCACGCCAUGCUGGACGUCAAGCCGGACGCCGAUGAGUGA